AUGAAGUCAUUUUUGGCGCUUCCGGCCCUCCUCGGCCUCGCCGUCGCCUUCCCGACCGCUUCUGAGGAUACCCAUGCCAUCCAAAAGCGUCAGGCAACCCUGACCCAGUGGUGCAGCCCUACCACGAGCCUGUGCUAUAACCAAUACACGACCGGCGGCGCCUCCGCCUUCAGAAUAGCCAUCUCCGACUCCUCGACCGUCAACGACUUCGACAUUGCCGUGCAGUUGAUCGCGCCUAUGGGCCAAGGCUGGGUUGGCCUUUCGUGGGGUGGCAGCAUGUCCCAGGCACCUCUGACCGUCGCCUGGCCAAAUGGACAGGACGUGACCCUUUCUUCUCGAUGGGCAGACGGCCAUCAAAAGCCCAUCGUGUAUCAGGCCGCCACCUACGUCGUCCUCGCCGACACGGGCACCAACGGCACGCACUACACCCUGAGCGUCGCGUGCAAGGGCUGCAGCAGCUGGGUCCGCCCGUCCGGCACCAAGGUCCUCGCCUCGAACGGCGGCGUCCGCCUCGCCUGGGCCCAAAACACCCAGGCCGCCACCGUCGCGCAGCCCGCCAACCCUGCUUCCGACUUCAACUACCACCACUACCACGGCUACUUCGAUGCCAGCUUCCAGGACUCCAAGGUCCCCGCGGCCCAGUUCUCCGCCGCCCUCGCCAUGACCAAGCCCGGUGUUAACACCGCCGCCGCCGCGACUGCGGUGCCUGAGCCCGACGUCGCCGCGCCCGUGCCAUCUUCUUAG